AAUUUGGUGGCAUGAGAGCGUUAUUUGUGUGAUACGCUUUCACUGAUAAGACAAAACCCGCACCCCCACCUUUCCAACACCCUUCACCUUCACCGACGUACCAAUGAAGCAGCAGAAGCAGAAAACAUGGCCGUCCAAAUUCGAAACUCCUCGCUUCACCGCCCUCCCUUUCGUCAAGAAACACCCCACCCGACCUGACCCCGGCGGACCCAAGAACAACUCCUCGAACCCGCCGCCGUUCCCCGAUCCCUGCGACGACUACCACCGCUGCCACCAAGACUACUCCCAUCUCCCCUACGACGUCCUGAUGAAAAUCGCGGCGACUUUCUCGUGGACCCACCUGCGCACGGCGUCGCUGGUCUGCAAGUCGUGGAACGACGCGCUCCGCCCUUUGAGGGACGCGAUGGUGUUCCUCAGAUGGGGGAAGCGAUUCAAGCAUGGGCGUGGUGGGGUGAAACCCAACUCGGCCAAGGCCCUCGAUUGCUUUCUCAAAGGGGCGGCGCGUGGGUCUACUCUCGCAAUGGUGGAUGCUGGGCUUUUGUACUGGGAGAUGGGGAGAAAGGAGGAGGGAAUUGCUUGGUACAGUAAGGCUGCUCAGCUCGGCGACCCUACUGGGCAGUGCAAUUUGGGAAUUUGUUACUUGCAAGGUGAGACUCCAAACUCCCAACAAGCUGUUAAGUGGCUGUACAAAGCUUCUGUUGCUGGCCAUGUUCGUGCCCAGUACCAACUUGCACUGUGUUUUCAUCAGGGUCGUGGUGGUGUGCAUAAGAAUUUUCAGGAAGCGGCAAAGUGGUAUCUGAAAGCUGCUGAAGGUGGAUAUGUGCGCGCCAUGUAUAACACUUCGCUGUGCUACUCUUUUGGAGAAGGUUUAAUGCAGUCUCAUAGGUUAGGGAGAAAAUGGAUGAAGAGGGCUGCUGAUCGGGGUCACAGCAAGGCUCAGUUCGACCAUGGAUUAAGUCUCUUUUCUGAAGGGGAUAUGAUGAAAGCUGUGGUGUACCUGGAACUUGCGACUCGUGCUGGUGAGAGAGCCGCGAAUCAUGUCAAGAACGUCGUACUUCAACAGCUAUCAACAUCUUCCCGCGAUCGAGCUAUGCUAGUGGUUGAUAAUUGGCGCGCUUUGCCUUCCACGCGUUGAUUCAUCAUACUUUCCACUCGGUCGAAAGGUUAUGUGACCUACCAAAUCCUCAAACCUUAGGGUAAAAGGCAAGCACUCAACUCUUGUCAUAUGUUUUCUAUAAGCUUCACUUCUCCCACUUGUCUCUCAUCUUGAAAUGACAAUAUAUCUGUAAUGUAAUAUAUACCUGUUGUCUUCAUUAAAGACGAGUAAAAUCACCAACAAUAAUAGCUUGA